AUGGUCCUGGGAAGGUGCGAUGGCAGUAGGCAGUGGUGGGGGAAGGUGGAGGAGGAGGAGGAGGAGGAGGAGGAGGAGGAGGAGGAGGAGGGAUUUGGAGCAGCUUUGCGACUGAGAAGGAACGAAGGGCGAGCGGAAGGUUAUCUCUCGACAGAGGGCAACAAGCUAAAGUCAACUGUUGCGCAAGCCUUGAGCACCCCUAAAUCUGGACUGUACAGGUAG